CUUUUGAAAAAUUCAAAGUAGAAAAAGUACCACUUCCGGUUAUCCGAAAUCGCUCAAAAGUUGAUACGGAUCUACGAUUUUGAUAAAAUACUUGUAUAUGAAAUUUCAUCAACCUAGCUGUAACGAUAACGAUAACGAUGGGAGAAUAGAUGAGGACUUAUCUAAACUCAGCAGACAGAACGGGGGAUGGUCACCCUGGGUCUACACAGAAUGUUCUAGAAACUGCAGUGACUACAAGCGGACCGCCUCAAGGAAGUGCGACAAACCAGAGACCCAGAACUUCGGGCUGUACUGUGAGGGCGUGGGAUUCGAGUUGCAGGAGAAAGGUUGUCACGUGACUUUAAAAUGCCCCGGAUUAAUAACCGUUUACGUUUCCGUCAAAGAUUGCCCACUAGGAACCUGGGACUUCAACUGUAAAGGUGUGUGCCUCAACUGUCACCCGGACUGCGACAAGUGGAACGGCACGUGCCAACACUGCACACGGGGGCAUAAGCUGGCGGACGGGAAGUGUGAGCAUGUGUGUACAGCCGGCACAUACGGCUUUGCUUGCGGUGGGAACUGUCUAGAGAAGUGUGGGACAGAUUGUAUUGACCGUGUCCACGGCAAGUGUCCAGGCAAGGAUGCAUCAAACUCAUUCUCCUAUUUCUGGUUGGGAGUAUUAUCAUUACCACUCUUGAUAGUGCUUGUACUCUACCUGAGAAUUAGAGAUCGAAAAGAAAUGGAGGCACUGAAGCCUGACGAUACGUCACAAAACAAUUUGUGAAAGAUUUUUUUGUUUGGAUUUUUAUUUCGUUUAACCACUUGUCAGGAUGAUGUUUCGUAGGAUUUUAUGA